GAGGAGGAGGAGGAGGAGGAAGGUCAGAAGGAGUGGAGUUAAAACCCCAGACCAAAUCUCACAGAGCGUCCACCUUCCUCCCCUGCCCACCCCAGCUCGCCGCCGCAGCGGACCCCCCAGCAACCAGAAUAAACAUCCGACGGCUUCUCAAACGAAGCAAAUCGUCUCGUAACGGCUACCCAGGCAUGCUGGGUCAUUCCAUGGAGGUGGAGUACUCGCCCUCCUCCACCACAUACCCCCCGUCCCUGGAGUCCCGGGGUUUGACUCCCAUGGCCGACAGAACGUACAAUAAACUGCUGCAGAACAAAGUGAUUCUGGGACGUAUACACGGCAAGACCUCCAUUCAGGGCCGGAUAUACAACUUCCUAGAGCGGCCUACAGGCUGGAAAUGUUUUAUAUACCAUUUCACUGUAUUUAUGAUGGUUCUCAUCUGCCUUAUCUUCAGCGUGCUUUCAACCAUUGAGCAGUACACGACCUUCGCUAUGGAAACACUCUUUUGGAUGGAGAUCUUCCUGGUGUGUUUCUUCGGCCUGGAGUACGUCAUACGUCUGUGGUCCGCCGGCUGUCGGAGCAAGUAUAUGGGACUCCGGGGCCGAAUACGAUUCGCCCGAAAACCUAUCUCUAUCAUAGACUUAAUCGUCGUCAUCGCUUCCAUAUGUGUUUUCACCAUCGGCUCAGAGGGCCAAGUUUUUGCUACGUCGGCCAUCAGGGGUGUUCGCUUCCUCCAGAUACUUCGUAUGUUACACGUAGAUCGACAGGGUGGCACCUGGAGAUUGCUGGGGUCAGUGAUCUACCUGCACAGACAGGAACUCAUCACAACUCUGUACAUCGGGUUUCUGGGUCUUAUCUUCUCCUCAUAUUUUGUGUACCUGGCCGAACGGGAAGACGGGAGAAAAGAUUUCUCAAGCUAUGCAGAUGCCCUGUGGUGGGGUGUGAUCACUGUAAUGACGAUCGGCUACGGCGACAAGGUGCCUCAGACAUGGAUGGGAAAGAUCGUGGCCUCGUGCUUCGCCGUCUUCGCCAUCUCAUUCUUCGCCUUACCUGCGGGUAUCCUCGGGUCCGGGUUUGCCCUCAAGGUCCAGCAAAAGCAACGACAGAAACAUUUCAACCGCCAGAUUCCUGCAGCUGCCACAUUGAUACAGUGUCUAUGGAGGUGCCACGCCGCCGAACCACAUUCCAACUCCGAGGCCACGUGGAAGAUUCACGUGCACGAUCCAGCCAAUGAGGAAACUGUGUUUGCGCGCAUGGCACGCCGGGCAAGUUUGUCAUUGCGCAAGCGCAGAUUGUCACGUCUGGAUUCUACCAGCACAAUGGCCAAUCACUACUACAGGGAGUCUGUGUCGUCAUCGUGGUCAUGUGCAGACGACAAAUUAGGCGGGCCGAACACCCCCCGCACGCCCCGCAAGGACAGCCAGCGGGCCAGCAUCUGCGUGGGCGACAACACUAACGAGGACACAGACUAUGACGUGGACGAGACAGAGAAAGUUGUACAGUUAACAGAGGCACACAAGACAGCCAUCAGGGUUAUAAGAAAAAUAAAAUAUUUUGUAUCCAGACGAAAAUUCCAGCAAGCGAGAAAACCGUACGAUGUGAGGGACGUUAUAGAGCAGUAUUCACAAGGACAUCUCAACAUGAUGGUCCGGAUAAAGGAGCUACAGAGAAGACUUGACCAGACCCUGGGUAAACCAGGGAAUCUUUACGCCAGCUCCGCCCGUGACCGCGAGAAGAUGACCAUCGGUGCCCGGAUGGUACGAGUGGAAACACAGGUAAGCCAUUUGGACAAGAAAAUGGACCACGUGAUCUUCCUUCUCAACUCGAUGCUUAAGUCUAAAGGAGUCACAGGAGAGUCUAGAGAGGAAGAAGUCUGAAUCACUCGCCUACCAAUCAGAACCAAACAUUUUUCAACCGGGUAAAACUCGCCCGAAAUUUCUCCAUUCCAGUGAAGAGUCUUGAGUGUGUGUGAUACCUCUCUUAUCGAGUCGGGAAUUCUGAACACAAAGAUGAAGUUUUUCUCCCCUUUUCGAAGUGAGGAACGGCCAAAUUUCCUGUCAGACACAACACCUGUACCAUGAGCCGGAAAAACAAACAACUGGUGUCUUGAAGAAACAUGCGCACUCGCAGACUUCCUGAUUUUGAGCAAUAUUCCACAUCUGGCAGUACCGCACAUCUGUGACUUUGAACGACAGCGUUCGGUGUGAGAUAUUUUUGUGGUGGCUUUGUUCUUGAAAGACACGACGAAAGAAAGUAUAACAGAGAGAGAGAGAUAGAUAGAGACAGAGAGAGAGAGAGAGAGAGAGAGAGAGAGAGAGAGAGAAGUGGUUGACAAUUCUGACAAAAUGCUGGAAAAGUCAUGAUUAUAAUUUAUAACGCAUGCGCAUAUUACAUUAAGAGUGGUCUGAUAAACCCAUCUGUGUUUCUAUUUUGAAUCUUACAGAAUGAAACAUUUUCAACUCUUGGAUGUUCGAACUCCAGCGAAACUUCACGAGUUUUGCUAGUAUAACAGGAAAAGUUCAACAAGUUAGUUCUCUCUCGUAAUAUGAAAUGCACAUUCUGGAAGAAUGUUCAGGGACAGGAGGAAGAACAUCAUACGUUUGUGUCUUCAAGUCAUUACAAGCUAUUAUGAGAUAAUGAUACUCAAAAGCACGUACGAAUAAAAAUAAACUCAAGCUUUAUUGGAGAUCCUUUAACAUCACUGAGCGUUGUUGGAGUUCCCUUCAGACCCCAUUCAUUUACACUCGGAGAAAUGAAGAAUGUAAAAAUUCCAGCUCGACAUAAUGGUUUACACACUACAUGUAUUUUUGCUGAAGAGAUAAGACUGGCGUACACUUUCUAGGUGGUAACCAGUAAUGCAAUCUAGUCUCAAUAUGCUUGCAAAAUAGGAACUGCUGCAAAGAGCAAAGAGCAGAUAAGAAAUGACAUUGAUUAAAAAACACUCACUUAAUUGCCGAGAGCAGAAAAAAAAACAAUGUAAGUAACUGUAGUUAAAUAAAGGCUUCAUAAACUGUUGAUGUACCUAUAAUUUACGUCUUGCUUCUCAAAUAUAAAUUAAGGCAUACGAUCAUUUAUGCUUGUUUCAAUGUUUAGAGCGAUUCAGCAGAAUCUUUAUAAGUUUGGGCUCGUCACCUAAACAGCUUGAAGUAUAGAAAACCUCGUAUUUUAACAGAUCGGCAAGAAAAGAAGCCACGUGCGUCUGUUUGGAGUAUUAGUACACCUUAAUGAGCUGAGAUGGAUGUCCCACACUCCACUAAAGAUACCUCCCGACUUGUAUUCUCUAUACCCCCGCCCCCUCCUUGAGCAGCGACUUUCUUCUUGUCAAAGACGACAACAUCAAGUAUAUAUUAUUGUCUACUGUAUUUCUGCCUCAUGUAUUGUAAUCCAGUGUUUUCGUCGAGGCAAACUCCUGUCGUGGACAGUGUUGGUGAGAACUCACUGUCACUAUUUACUCACGCAUAUUAUACUGCUGUGUCCUCGUGAGUAAUCAAAGCUGUCAAGCUCUUGUGUAUAUGACGUCAAAUUCUCUAAAACAGGUCUAUUUGAUUAAAAAUGAAGCUGUAUCAGCGCCCUAUACAGUGACAUAAUCAACACAGAAAGCCAGUCUUUUUCCUCCUUGAAAUUAAGGGGGUAAUUUAAAAAAUGAGUGUAUGUGUGUGUGUGUGUGUGUGUGUGUGUGUGUGUGUGUGUGUGUGUGCGUGCGUUUGUGUGUGUUUGUAUGUGUGCGUGCAUGGGGGAGUGAGGAGUGGGGGGGGGGGGCAAUAUUUUAAUUCAAAAGAUGUUAAAGUAUUAUGUUACUCUUUUGAAACAGAAACUGAAGGUUUCGCUCUUCAGGGUCAUGCAUGCAUAAUAAUUCUCCUUUUACCUUAUCAGGGCUUUAAGCUUUAUCCUCAUGUAUUUUAUGACAUCUACGUGUAGCUGCAGCACAAACUUUGACAUAUAUGUCGUAAAAGCGUCACUCAACGACGCAAUGAUCAUGACCAUGUUGUUGCUAUACGACCAAAAGUGUGCCGAUGAGUCGUGUAUUACCUCCUAAAUAACGUGAUUAAUAUGACUCCAACCACACUUUGGAUACACGUUGUAACGAUUUUGUAAAUAUUAGAGCCACCAUUUUGUUCCAAGUCGCUGAUCCCAGUCCAGAGCACAGAAUAGAACAACACUACUCGCCAAGCACCUAUAUGGCGAUUUCCCUGCACCGCAUUCCAUAGUUUUGUUUAGUAUUUAUUAUAUUAUUACAAAUUACCAUAUCUAUAUGUUGAUAUUUCUUUGUUUGCGGACGUACUGAAUAGAAAGUGUGACGUCACAGAAACAGAUAUGGGCUCUAACACAGAGCACGCUGCUUGGCAAGAAAAGAACUUCACUCUCAGUUACAGAACUCCCGCGUCUGUGGUGAAGUGGUUACGCUCUUUGCUGUCACACACAGAAGACGUAAGUUCGAGUCCCGAGAAGGGAACGAUUUCUUUUUUUUUCCCAUCAGGUAUAUCUGCGUCUGCCUGCCUGGAUGUUGUAUUCCACCUAGCACUUGUUGGCUUUGACAGGCAUGGUCGAUUCUGCUGUUCCACUAGAUCACUAGGUUGUGUCUAUUAGGGCGCAAACAUUUACUACGAGUCAUUAAUCAGAAACUGUGAGACUUUUCUUGAUAGAAAUUUGGACCUUAAGUCUUCAGUACUAAGCUUUUGGAGAGUAGUGUGAGUGGGCAAUGCGUGGGUUCAUUCUACAUUUUGUCUACAACGUUUAAAUGCGUCAUUGUAUCAACCCUUUGGUUGUUUCCUUGGUCCAUUUUGUCUCCUCCAUUUGUCAUUUUAAACCUUCACCCUGGUGGAAAGGAUUAAAGAGCUGUAAAUCUGGCAGAGCUGUGAUAUUUUGUGAAAUAGAAUCAUUUGAUUGUGACCUUCGAUUGUUUAUGUUGUUCUUGUUGCAGGGAUUUUUACGUUGUAUUGCCGUGUCUGUGGGAUUUUGUUCAGUGGUCUAGGUUGUGCAAUGUUUAGAGUCCUACAUUAAAUUUACUGAGGAUGGGUGUUUAGAAAAGGAUUGACCCCUCGUCAAGAGUCAAAUAUACAUAAUAUUAUUGUUGUAAUCGUUUUACCUUAUAUCAGGGUUUUAGCCUCAUUGCCAUGCUUUGUAUGUCAUUUAUAGGACGACCCCCUCCAUACAGGAUUGCCUGUCAGUGGAACAGAAUUUGAGUCAAGACGCUGUAGAAUCAGGCGCUCGUCAAGUUUUGGGCAUAUGGAGUUAUGGGUAUCAUUUUAAAGUUCGUCCAUUUGUCUAUCGUCUAUGAAAAAAAUACCAACCCAUCUUGAACAGAAGUCAAGAUAUGGGGCGGGGGGAGGGGGGGGGGUAGUCGCCUGGUUUAAGUGGUAAAAGUAGCGAGAAAUAGUCAUCAAAGUUUGGUGACUUCACUUCCAUAUAUUGAGAGUUCUUUGAAACUGAAACUUUUCAUUUAAUGUGCCUUUAAUCAAGCCUUUUCCGUAAAUCCACUCGGAAAUGUAUUUUAAAUGGACAUAAAAAGUCUAGAGGCAAAAAACAGUAUUUUUUCGAUAAAAAAUGCCUGCCAAGCGUCGAAAAAUACCGGUAUCUUCGAUUUCAUUAUUUUGACAAGUGCCUGAUUUUAAUACAAUACUACACAAUUUGGAUACCACACACUGCGCUUUGAAUCAGGAGUAAGGGGCGGGGGGAGUUCGAGUGGACUGGGUUUAUUUUUGAGAUAGCAAAACAAAACAAAGUUAAGGGUGGAGAGAGUGCGCUAUAAUAUCUCAGUUUUUAAGGGUCUUUUUGUUCUUGAUAUUCUCAUGGACGGGAUAUGGUGAUGCAUGUGAUAAACGUAAUGAGCAAGUCUACUGAGUGCGUGCUUGCUUUUGUCUAUUUGUGGCUGGGAAUCUGCGCAUAUAUAUACAUAUUAUGUGUAUAUAUUAUAUUUAUACACACAUAAUAAAUGUAUGAAUGUACGUAUGUAUGUGUGUGUGUGUGUGUGUGUGUGUGUGUGUGUGUUUGUGUGUGUGUGUGUAUGUGCAUGCGCUUACAGGUGGUUGAUAUAUUGUCAUUUACAUGUGUAAGUGAAGUUAUGUAUACCUUAUUGUGAGUUUCAAACCACCCUCAAACACUCCAGCUAUUUUGUUGAGCAUAAUAUGGAUAUGGUUAAUGUUUUUCCCCUAAAAAAAAGACAUUCGUACAAAACGUUUUUGGUGUGUAAUCCAGUUUUCUGUUCUGUUUUUUUUUUUCACUUUUGUUGUUUCUUGAAUCCUUAUUGUACUUUUUCAAGCCUUGAUCAUGUAAUUUAUUCACGAAAUAAACUUUUGAUAACUUC